UUGGUGCAAGUUUGAAAGAGUGCUGGAGGCUGGGAGAGGGAAAAAGCCGUUCGUCACGCCGAAAAAAGAACACACACACACACACACAAAAAAACAUGGGAUAGGCGCCAUCUUCAUCCCAAAGUUACCCACACACACACACAGAGCGGUUCAGACUCGAGUUCAGUCUCCUAGUUCGUUUCGGGAGUGUGUUUAUUUUUAAUUCUCUCCCUUUUAACCUUCAGCGGGUAAAAAAAAAAAAAAAAAAAAAAAAACAGGCGUUCGGGAAAGGCCACGAAAAUAUAUAAAAAAGUUGUCUUUUUUAUAACAGCCGGAGAUAGAUGGUGAGAGACAUCAGCAGCAGCCAGCGAACGAACGAACGAACGAACGAGCAAAAAAAAUAAUAUGAAGUCAACCCUAAAGGCAUUUUUUGACCGUCAAUGAGGAAUGCAUUAAAGACUGAGCUAUGUGAACGGUACAAUUCCAAGAAAAGAUAUCACGUAGGUGGGGGAAAAGAAGAAAAUAACAUCGAUUGGCAUUGAAGGCCAACGUAUGUGUGUGUAGUACAAGUCUGCUGGCGGUUUGGCAGCGUGCAGGAAAGGAGAAUCAAAUUGAUAUAUUGAUGCAGAGUACUCUGGCUUUUCGGCUUUUCGUUUGUGUGUGAGAAAAUAAUCUACAUAGUCGUGCGGGUAUCUCUCAUUUCCAUACGGGCAAUGUUAACUUGAUUUUACGACCGCUAGGUAGCGUUGAUAAUCGGGCUGAUGCAAUCACGCUACAGACUAAGUAGACAGGAGGCUAGUUUAACACUGCAUACAGCGCCAUUGGUGGGAAGACCACUAACCUCAAUGAACUUUCAAUUACAUCAAAUAUCAUAAAUAUUUCAUCUAUUUCGAGAUGAAAGUAUACGUUUCGAGUUUGAGUGCCGAAAGUUGAUUAAAUUCGUCAACAUUGCUGCUGUUUUGUCACGAUUUAAACCAAAAGACUACUUCCGACUUCCAGGUGGCGUUCGAAUUCGACAGUUUGCGUUGCACAUCUCUACUUCCGUCUGCUUCUUCGUUCAGUUUCCUCCAUGAAGUCAAAGAAUACAGUGCUAAACAAAUUAUUUCUGCAUACCAAUUGGUGAAUCAUGAUGGGAUACUAGCGCUUUUUGCGUUAAAACGCACACCCCCGUGUGCCUGCACAACUAUAUUAAAAAUGGAGUUUUUUAGCCCACUUUCCCCUUCAGUCGCCCUGACGACAAUAAAAUCUUUUAUUAUAACACCCUUUGAAAAAUAUGAAAAAAUCAAUGGAGUUCCUUCAUCCCAAAAUGAAUAUGGAGUUUGGGGAAAUGGACAGCAGUCUGGGGGCCUUUUGGUCACCAGCUUUUGAGAAUGAUAGUUUCAAUUCUACAUUUGUUUUGAAUGAACGAGGUGAUGGUAAUUUUGGAAUAGCUGAGAAUGCCACUGAGAACCGAAGUAAAUUGGCUGCAGAGAUGCUCAAGGAGUUGGAGAGCUCCCAAGCACAAAAUUAUGAUCCGUGUUGCGGAUGGCUAGAGGAACCAAUGGACUUGGAAGUUUUUGGACAGUCCCUGGUAGAGUCGCCAGCGAUUCCACUAGGUGAUGAAACUGAUUACUUCCCUCUUUCCCCUGGUCCGUCGAGUCCUCUGACCCCACAAGCCCCUACACCUAUCCAUCCGGCUAGCCCACAGGAAUUGUAUCCAUCCCAGAGUGAUUUGUUUUCACUCAAGGAUGAAGUGCCAGUUCUUGCCAUUCCAGCCGAGAAUGAAGAACUGCUCGAGUCGCUGGAAUCAUUGUUGCAUGAAAUUGCGGCGGUAGAAUCGACAUCCGAUCAACCCCAAGUUAUCCAAGAAGAAGAAGACAUAACGUCAGCUCUACUUGAGUCGCUUAUUAAUGGUCAUGUUGCUGAAGAACAAGUCAACGAAGAAUUGGUUGAGUUUAUGACGCUGAUUAACAAGCCUAAAAUAGAGCUUUGCGCUGUUUCUGCCAGUCCAAUCGUGUCGAUUCCACCUGCUUCGAUUGGCUCAACCAUUCGAAUCUGCAGUUCCGAAAGCAAAGAUCCCGAAUGGAUACCUACACCUAGAACGUCGGGUCGCAAAUCAAACUCUAGCCAACCGAUUGCUACUACGCCGCCUCGCAAACCACGCAAGAAAAGUCUGAGAUCAGAUGACCGCCGUCUCCGCAAGAAGGAACAGAACAAAACAGCAGCUACUCGAUACCGGAUCAAGAAGAAAGUUGAGUUGGAUAUUUUGCUGGAUGAAGAGGCCGCUCUUGAACAACGUAAUCUCCAGCUACAAAUGCAACACGACGAAUUGGCCAAUGAAGUUCGUUAUCUGAAGAAAUUGAUGCGCGAGAUUUUUAACAACCGCAGAAGGCGCUGAACUUUGGAUACUCUUUUUCUCUCUCUCCCUUGUACGCAUUCGCUUCUUAAACCUGUUUAAUUAGAAACAAAUGUAGUCUUCCGUUCUUUAAUUCUCAAAUGUAGCCGAUUUAAUAUUCAGAUUUGCUGCCAUGCCCAUUCCAUCAUCCGUAUUUCAGCUCAUAGCGACGCAAUUAGCCCGUGAAUCUUGGAAACUUUGUUCAACUAUGAUGGCCAACUCAUUCGGUCGGAUACUUCUUCCUUGACGUUGUUGACAAUUUACGUGGGCUCUUUGUUUUGCUGUGAGCUUCAUUCAUAUUCAGAUUAAUGCCAUUAGUUUUCUAUACAGUAAAAUGGUGUCGGUUUCGUUUCUCCCCUCCGUCUUUAUUUUCAGUUACAAUCUGAAAUACAUAACUAACCUCAG